ACUCGGUGGCUGCGCUCCUUAAAUUGUAUGGUAUGACUCUCUCCAUCAUUUAAGUGCGAAAACCUAACUCCUCGAGUGAAAGUGCAUACAUUUUCAUUCACCUCGUUAGUUAUUGGCAGGUGAGGUGGUGGGUUGGAGUGGAUUCCCUGGACCCUUGAAUGUCUGGUAGGGCAGGCUACACGCUGAAUGCUGACGGAUCUACGUUACUACACUUUCGGUGUAGGGAACUGUCUCGGAUCUCCCCUGUUUUCCUUUACAGAAAAAAAAAUCAAGUUGUUGAGACUCCUGAACACAUACGAAAUUUGUGUUCGCUGGUUGAGGGCUUCACGAGACUAGAAGUGUGUGAAAUGGAUUAGAUCUCACAGAGCAAAGCUGGAGCACCAAAGAAGAUCGAAAAAACGGAGACGGGGUCGAAAGGACUCAUUGAGUUCACAUAGCCAACGAGAAAAAGGUUUGUCUCGCCCCGCCUCCAGAAUGAUGUCACCAAAAGACAAACCUAAGAAGAAACCACCCAAAGACAGUAUGACAUUGCUGCCUUGUUUCUAUUUUGUUGAGCUGCCCAUUGUGGCCUCCUCCAUGAUCUCGCUGUAUUUCCUGGAGCUGACUGAUGUCCUCCAGCCGGCCAAGGUGGGCUUCCGCUGUCACGACCGCUCGCUCAGCAUGCCGUACAUCGAGACAGGUGACGAGCUCAUCCCCCUGCUCAUGCUGCUCAGCCUGGCCUUCGCCGGGCCCGCUGCCUCAAUUAUGAUCGGGGAGGCUCUGAUGUACUGCAUGCAGUCUCAUCUGAAGAAUCGGCGCAGCUGUGAGAGCAGUAUCAAUGCUGGUGGCUGCAACUUCAACUCAUUCCUGCGCAGAACCGUGCGCUUCGUGGGAGUGCAUGUGUUUGGGCUCUGUGCCACAGCCCUGGUGACCGACGUCAUCCAGCUUGCCACUGGCUAUCACACCCCCUUCUUCCUGACCGUGUGCAAGCCCAACUACACCUCUCCGGGAGUCGCCUGUGAGAAGAACCCCUAUGUCACCUCAGACAUCUGCUCAGGGAGAGACCAGUAUGCCAUCCUGUCUGCCAGGAAGACUUUCCCCUCACAACACGCCACUCUCUCUGGCUUCGCAGCUGUCUACAUAUCGAUGUACUUCAACUCCACCAUCUCCGACAGCACUAAGCUGCUGAAGCCCGUGCUGGUGUUUGCGUUUGCCAUCGCUGGAGCCCUGGCCAGCCUGACCCAGAUCACCCAGUACCGCAGCCACCCCAUCGACGUCUACGUGGGCUUCAUCAUCGGAGCUGGCGUCGCCGUAUACCUGGCACUCUAUGCUGUGGGCAAUUUCAAGUCCUCAGAGGACUUCCCUCCCCGGCCCAUCAAGCAUCUCCAGCCUGCACAGAAGGACGCCCUGCGCGCUCUCACCCAGCGGGGCCAUGACUCCGUCUACCAGAAGGCCAUCGCCUCUGAGAGCAAUGACGAGCUGGUUGGCCCGCCCCACGUGGCCGGCCUGAACCGCAAGGUCCGCCGGGAGAAGGCCUCCCUGAGCAGCCUGAAGAGAGCCAGUGCGGACGUGGAGCUCCUGGCACCCCGCAGCCCCAUGGGCAAGGAGACCAUGGUGACGUUCAGCAACACGCUGCCGCGCGCCGCCACCAACGCGGCGGAGGAGCUCAGCAAUGGCGGCUGCAGCACGACCCAGCGCCACAUGACCUUCCACGUGCCCAUGGACCCACAGCGCUCCAAGCAGCUGGUGUCGGAGUGGAGGCGGAAAUCCAUCGAGAUGAGGAGCCUGAGCCCGAAGGACGAAGAGCAGGACGAAAUCGCAGAGGGGGCCUCAGGGGGAGAGGCCGAGACCACAGCAGCCGUGGGAGGAGGAGGAGGAGGAGGGGGCAAAGAGUUGGGGGCUUCCUCACACUCGACCCUCUACCCCACGGUGCAGGCAGCUAACCGGGGUACACCGCCGGGGCCGGCACGCGUGGUGCUCCCACCCCGGCCGCCCGGAGCCCCCCCAUUGGUGCACAUCCCCGAGGAGGCAUUGCGUCCCCCGCCGGUCUCCCCGAAGAGCGCGACCACCCGCGCCAAGUGGCUGUCGAUGUCCAUGACGGAGAAGGGCGCCAUUCCAGCAGCCACGCCCGAGCCCCCCCGCCUGCCCGCCCAGCCGCGCGUGGUGCAGGUGAUGGCCAUGUCCAAGCAGCUCGGGGCCCUCAGCGUUACAUCGAAGUCCUCGGACGCGGGAGGCGUCGGGGGCGGGGGCUCGUCCUGCGCCACUUCCUCCACGGGCUCCGAGUCGCCCUACUACCGCAUCCCUUCCGACCGGGACAGCGCCAGCAUCGUCACCAUCGACGCCCACGCCCCACACCACCCCGUGGUGCGCCUGUCCUCGGGCAACGGCAACCCCUGGGACUGGAUGAGCGCGACCAACGGCGGAGGUGCCUCCGAGACGCAGGAGGUGGGCGGCGGCGCAGACGGCACCAAGUCGCUCCACAGGCAGGACAGCGUCAGCGUGCGCGACUACAGGCACAUCAAGGCUGACUCGGUGGGCUCCUCCGCCAGCGACUCCAGCUGGGAGCCCCCGCUGCCCCCGCCACCUCACCCAGACCUGGUGCUGGACAGCAGCCACUCCCGCACCCACAGCCUGAGCCGCCACUCGCCCCUCCUCCGCAAGCCCUCCAUGUCAUCCAGGGACUGGGACCCCCAGCUGCAGCCCCCUCAGAUGGAGCCUGACCACUUCUUUAAGAACAUACAGACCGCCAGUUUAAACCGACGGUUUAAGGAGUGACCGCCACAGGAUUAGGGACACUGGCCACAUGGGCAACCUAACUGUGUAGGACUUUAGCCUGUAAUGAUGAUAUUUUUAUCUCAGGAGAGAGCUCAUCCCAACUUGGGCAUCUCCUUUACUGAGCAUCUGGACAGAUUCUACUGCAAGCCCAGCAGGUUUUAACGAUAACCACUGAACAAUCGAUUCUGUUUACACAAUCUGUAUGAACAUUUGAUGGAGAAAUUGACAUUGGCAUCCCAAGCAGAUUAUCGCGCACUAUGAAAAUUGUCCUUAAAAUAAAUAAAUUACUCUUGUACAGAUUUUAAUGUUGACAUUAUUUACAUUGUCAUAUUUGGCUGAAAUACUGUACUACAAUGUGGGAACAGGAAUGACUUAAUAGGCCUGCCUGUGUCCGUGUCUCAGUAGAGAUGAUUUAUAAAUAGACUGACACAAAACUCCUCAUCUCUCCACUGUACAUGACUAUUUAAACACUCUUCGAUGAAUCGAUUGCCUUUUUUGUGGGAAGGAGAACUUUUGUUAUGUACCAAAUGUACCCUUUUUCUAUAACUGUGGAGUGGUGUUUGUGUGCUGCAUGUGUAUGUAUUUAAAUGUCUGCUUUGGGAGUUUUGUUCUGAAAGGACUGGUGUUGGAAUGUCUUUUCUAAAAUGCUUUCUUAUUGCAUUCUGAAUUCCACUGGUGAUAUGAAUGGAAAACAUUUUGUAUUUUUUAUUCUCUCAGACCACUGACAGACUUUUCUCUCAUUUUGACUUCUCUCGGUUUAAGUUCUGAGCCCAACUUCAGGUUCUCUACAACAACAAAAAACACUGGGAACUAUUACUGUUUGGGUUCUGAUAUGCCAUCCACCUAAUCCCUGAUCUCCGAUUAUUCAAGAUUGAGUUCAAGUACCAUUGCCAGUUAUGUACAGUACUGUAUCUAUUUCUUUUCCAUUUCGUUUUUUUCUAUGUUUUGAUUUUCAAAACACUUGUGUCAUUGGUGUCAUAGUAUCAUAGUGAUAUUUCAGUUUAAUAAAAAAAGAUUGAAAUCUA